UACAUCAUUAAAGUGUGUGAUUUCCGGUAACGCGCGCGUGCGCCGCCGGACAGGUAAAACCGGACACACACCUGUACCUGAAACCCGGAAGUGACUGUGACUCUCUUCUGAGAAUGAAGCAGAUGUUCCUCUUUGUGUUCCUGGUGUGUUUCCAUGUAGGUGACAGUGUGAAGGAGCUUCAUGAUCUGCCCUCUGCAGGGGUCAUCACUGUAAAGGAGGGCGAAAGUGUAGUGAUGAAGUGCAAUAUGAGUGAACAUGACAACAUCCAGUGGUUGGACUCUAAGGGCCGUGUCAUAAACUCAGGAGGGAACCGGGUCACAGUGGAUAAAGACACGCUGAACAUCACCAGUGUUUCCUUUGAGGAUCGUGGACGGUACACGUGUUUCUCACUGAGCUUAGAGAGCAUCUCCAACUACACAGUGACGCUCAGAGUGAGCUACACAUACAGUGGAUUGGGGCUUUAUUACAUCAUCGUGUGCUUCAUUGCCUUCACCAUCACCAUCAUCCUCAACAUGACUCGUCUGUGCAUGGUCAACACACACCUGCGCAAAACUGAGCGUGCCAUCAACGAUUUCUUUCGCACUGAUGGAGCUGAGAAACUGCAAAAAGCUCUGGAAAUCGCCAAACGUAUCCCUAUCGUUACAUCCAAUAAAACCCUGGAACUCGCAAAAGUCACACAGUUUAAAACUCUGGAAUUGGCAAAGCAAAUGGAGGAGCUGGCGAGGAGCGUGCCUCUGCCUCCACGCAUCCUGACUUGUACCACAGCCGUGGAUGAAGCUGAAUGUGGAGGUCAAGCAUCUAUUGAGCAUCAGGACGAGGAACACAGUGAACACGAUGCCCUGAACAGAGAGAAGAACACAAAAAAGAGAGAGUGUGAAGUUUGUGUGCUGUGAAAUGAAUUCAGUUAUAAACAAACCCAGUUCACUUGGAUGAAAGUAUAAACUAGCAGGUGAUCUGUGAGCCUCCUGCAGUAAGAGACCGUCUUUAAAUGAACUCCUUCUGAAUAGUUCAUUAUAUUUUCAUUUUCUGUUUUUUUUUUUUUUUUUUUUACUAUUUCACUUUACUGUCUAUAAAUUCAAUUUGGGAUGUUACUCAGCUUGAUAGUGUGUGUGUGUGUGUGUGUGUGUGUGUGUGUGUGUGUGUGUGUGUGUGUGUGUGUGUGUUUGGGGGGGGGGGGGCUCACACACACACUACACACUACACAGGUUCACACACUACACACAGUUUAGAGAUGACAUGGGGAGGAAACACCUGAACCAGGGGGAGAACAUGCAAGGACUUCAGCUCCAGAGAGGAAGGACAAACACUAAUCUGUAAGGCAGUAAAAGCACAAAGGUUUGUUAAAGCAUGGUUAUAAUGACUGGGGUGUGUGCAGCGGUGAUCAGGUGGUGAUCAGGUGGUGAUCAGGUGGUCUUUGCUCAGAAAGGGUCAGCUUUUAUUCUCAUCACUAUUUUAAUAUCAUCCAAAAUGUAAAGAUGUAGAUUACACUGACUAAUAAAUCAUUUAUAAUCUGGA